AUGACCCUUCUGGCGACCUCGUCCGCCGACAACACCAUCAACAUCUAUUCCGUCCCCGCCAACCCGGUACCGCAAUCACAUUUCAAACACAUCCGCACGCUGCGCGCCCACCUGGCCGGCGUGAACGCGAUAGCCUGGUCGCCCGUCGGACCGCCCUACACGCUGGCCUCUGCGUCCGACGACAAAUCGAUCCUCCUCUGGUCCCCCCUGGGGUCGGAUUUCCCGAUCGCCCCGUCCCCACUCACGGGGCACAGCAACUACGUGUACUCCCUCUGCUUCAGCCCCAAGGGGAACAUGCUCGUGAGCGGGUCCUUCGACGAGGCCGUCUUCCUGUGGGACGUGCGCUCGGGCCGCGUGAUGCGCAGUCUGCCCGCGCACUCGGACCCCGUGGGCGGCGUGGACUUCCUGCGCGAUGGGACGAUGGUGGCCUCGUGCGCCGGCGACGGGCUGAUCCGCAUCUGGGACGCCUCGACGGGCCAGUGUCUGCGCACGCUCGUCGAUGAGGACCGCAAGCCCGUCACGAGCGUCAAGUUCUCGCCCAACGGCAAAUUUCUCUGCGCGUGGACGUUGGACAAUUGCGUGAGGUUGUGGAAUUACGUCGAGGGCCGCUGCGUCAAGACGUACCAGGGCCACGUGAAUGCGCGGUACAGCCUCUCCGGCGCCGUCGGGAGCUAUAGCCACUCAUACGAGAGCGCCAGUCGCGAAAGAAGACUCGAGGCCUUUGUGGCCAGUGGGAGUGAAGAUGGGGAGAUCGUCGCCUGGGACGUCACCACCAAGGAUAUCCUCUGGCGUGAAAAGGUCGCGCACAGGGAUGUCGUCUUGGGGAUCGAUUUCGGGAGGACGAAGGAAGGAAAGGGGCUACUGGUCAGUGGUGGCAAGGACCGCGACGUGAAAAUCUGGUUGCUCGAGGGGGACGAGGCGGAGCGGGAAUUCUUCGCCUCCGAGAAUCAAGGUCAGCAUCGGGGGGACACCGUCGAUGGCGAUGUCGAGAUGGACAUGAACAUGGACAUGGACAUGGAUGGCGUGGUCGAAGGUCCUACGAUUUACGGAAACGCCACGGGAACAGGACCACUCAAGCGGGAAGCCGAUGAGAACGCCAUGCUCAUUGACCAGCCUAUCCCUGAGAUGGACCGUAGCUGA